UUAUACUUAACACAGUUGUACCUAUAUUGCUUAAGUGAUAGAAACAAAGUAGUGCGGUACUGCAGUGGUAGUGGGUUUUAACGGUAGAUGUACCUAUAACAAUACAAUUUUCUAUUAUAGAUGGAUUGUAUUAUGAUUUUAAGGAUUUCUUAAUAUACACACGAUUUCUGUUCAAUUUUGAUUUUUGGUCGGCGGCUGUGCCGUAAACCAGUGUGAGAAAAACACCAUGGACACACCGUAAUGAACUCAGUGGAACUCAUAUCGGGUUGCGGAUCUCGUACGCUCCGUUAUGGCCGAGCUUUUUAUCAUCGGACAACUGUGUAGCGCCGAACAGUUUCCGUCCAAGAGUUUAUUUUGCAAAUGGAGCGUUCACGCUGGUACUAACUGGAAAAUUAUAUCUGGUCACAAAGAAGGACAAACCCAAGUGGACUCGCCGUCUUACGAUAGCAGAACCUGGUGGUGUCACCCGAUCGACAUUCACUUCGCGUCCAAAGGAAUACAAGGUUGGCCUAAAUUCCACGUGCAAGUAUAUCACUACGACAGUUACGGACGUAGCGAGAUUUACGGGUACGGAUUUUGUUACGUGCCGACCACACCGGGAACGCACACGGUAGAUUGCCACACUUGGCGGCCGAUCGGUAAUCUCAGGGACGAGUUUCGCCGAUUUUUUCUCGGCGGUGGCGCCCAGCUGAAGUCGCCGGAUUUCGUAUACUGUGGCACGGACCGGUACCGGUUGCACACCGAGUCGCUGGGAACGGUGCGCUUCCGGUUGAACGUGAUCGCCCGAAACUUUCGGCGGUACGGAGUGGAACUAUAAACGAUGGUCAAAAGUAGACGAGUGGAUUUUGU